AUGGUCGGAGUUGUCGGAAAAUAUGGUACUCGUUAUGGUGCUUCAUUGAGAAAGCAAAUUAAAAAGAUGGAGAUUACUCAACAUUCAAAAUAUACAUGCGCUUUUUGUGGCAAAGAAACAGUUAAAAGGAAAGCCGUAGGCAUUUGGAAAUGUCGGGCAUGUAAUAAAGUUGUGGCAGGCGGUGCAUGGACUGUCUCAACUACUACUGCCGCUACUGUUCGUUCUACAGUCCGUCGUCUCCGCGAAAUAAUGGAAUCUUAA